CGUCAUGGGGCGGGGCGACUCCGCGGGGGCUGGGUGUCUGGGCGGUGCGGGAGGAAGUCACGUGGCGCGCGCUCACAUGACCGGCGGCACGAUGGAUCCGCUGCCCUGCGCGGCGGCCGAGGCGGAGGCCGAGGAGGAGGCGGGUCCCCCAACGGCAGACCUGCUGGUGCCUCCGGCCCUUUCACGGAUGCAGACGCCCCCCGGGAACCCGCUGCUGCAGGGCCACUCGCUGCAGGAGCUGGUGGCUAGGGACUCAGUGCGGGUGGAACUCAUCCCUGAGAAGAAGGGCCUCUUCCUGAAGCAUGUGGAGUACGAGGUGUCCAGCCAGCGCUUCAAGUCUACUGUGUACCGGCGCUACAAUGACUUUGUGGCCUUCCAUGAAACACUACUGCACAAGUUCCCAUACCGCAUGGUGCCCGCUUUGCCGCCCAAGAGGAUGCUGGGAGCCGACAGGGAGUUCAUUGAGGCCCGGAGGAGAGCGCUGACGCGCUUCAUCAACCUGGUGGCCCGCCACCCCCGCUUCUGUGAGGAUGCCCUCCUCAAGCUCUUCUUGUCCUUCGGAGGCCCGGACGUGCAGCACCGGCUGCGGGAGUCCACUCAGGGAGCGGGAGACGAGUUCCUGACCUGCAAGCUGGCGGCACAUGCCAAGGACUUCCUUCCAGCGGACGUGCAGGCCCAGUUCGCGGUCAGCCGAGAGCUGAUCCGAAACCUCUACAACAGCUUCUACAAGCUCCGUGACCGGGCCGGGCGCAUGGCCUCGCGGGCCCUGGACAACGCCUCUGACCUCCUCAUAUUCGGGAGGGAGCUAAGGCAGGCUCCUCUAGGCCUGAGCUCGCCCUUCCCCGCUCCCCUCAGUGCCCUGGGGUCCGACACCACACCGCUGCCCUCCUGGGCCACCCUCCACAGCAGCUCGUGGGGGUCCCUGAAGCAGGCGCUGAGGGGCCUGUCCGUGGAGUUUGCGCGGCUUGCCGACAAGGCCGCCCAACAGGGCAGACAGGAGGAGAAUGAUGUGGUGGAGAAGCUGAACCUCUUCUUGGACUUGCUGCAGUCGUACCGGGACCUGUGUGACCGUCAUGAGAAGGGCGUCCUUCACAAGCAGCAGCGGGCACUGCACAGGUAUGGCCUGAUGCGCCGCCAGAUGCUGAGUGCUGCUGCGCAGAGCCGCGAGCCGCUCGCUGUGGACCGGCUGGAGUCACACAUCCUUGAGCAGGAGAACGCCAUUCAGACCAUGGAGCUGCGGAACCACUUUUCGCUGUACUGUCUGCACCAGGAGACGCAGCUGGUCCAUGCCUACCUGCCCCUCACCUCCCACAUCCUGGGUGCCUUCGUCAACUCGCAGAUCCAAGGGCAUGAGGAGAUGAGCAAAGUGUGGGACGAGCUGAGGCCCAAGCUGAGCUGCCUCUUCGUGGGACCCCACAGUAUGCCUGGCCCCCCAGAUGGCCUGUCUCCCCACUAGCCUACGAGGGCCAGGCCUUGACACCCCCAGACACCAGGUCCCUGCAGCCACGGACAGUGCUCAUUCCAGGGACAGCUGUGGCCCCCCAGGGGUCUGGGCCGUCACCGCCACCCCCCACCUGGUGCUCCAGCUCACCGCCCUCACUGCCUGCAGGCUGGGCCCGGUGCGGGGCUGGCCUUCCUGCCUGUGCCUGUGCGUGCAGGACCCCAACACAAUACUGCAAGGUGUGGGGCUCGUGCCUAGGCCUCAUUCAGCUUGUGUGACGAUCAGUGGCCCCAUCCUGAGACCCUAGGAUGAUUCCCGAGUGCCUUGGGGUGGUGGUGGUGGUAGCUGAUGGGACCUUGUCCCCCCAGCCUGGCAUGAUUGCCGGGACUGUAACCAGGAGCCCAAAGGCCAUGUGCUGCCAGGGCCUGACCCCACGUGAGUGACCGCUGCAGCCCUGUGACACUCCUGCCCAGGGCUGGGGGGGUGGGGUACACCUGGCCCCCCACUGCCCCACAACCAAGGGACAGGCCCCCGCUCAGCUGGAACCCAGGGUCAGUGCCUGUCCUCCUCUGUGCCUUCGCUCUCCUGUGGCCUUGGCCUCAGCCCCCAGCCAGGCAUUCCAGCCAUAGCAGCCUCCAGGGGUGACCUUGGGGCACAGGCACUCCAGACCCCAGCCUCGGGGUAGGCUGGCUCCUCCCGGGGUGGCGGGUGGGCAGGCGGCCCGAGUGAAGCACUUUACAGGCUGCAGGACCAGUGACCCAAACCCAAUAAACUGGAAUUGUUUACAAACA